GCGCCGUUGCAGUCGCGUCGAUUCUGUCUCCUCCGGCCAGCAAUCUUACUCCUGGUAAGUAGAUGGAGGCAUGUAAUACGGUGUCUACGUGCACUCCGGAGGUGGCCCAAGGCAAACAUGUGUUCCAUAUCUUGGGCUACAGCAAGCAUAGGGGCAUGGGCAACGGCCCCAAGAGCUACAUACGGUCCGGGAUCUUCACUGUCGGCGGCCAAGACUGGGCCAUCCGCUUUUACCCUGAUGGCAACGGCGAAGCAUGCCAAGAUUACAUCUCAGUUUAUCUCGAGCUUUGGAGCAAGAACACUGAAGUCCGGGCGUCCUGCGACCUGAGGCUGAUGGACCAGUGCACCGGCUUGUCGUCUUCAGUGCAUAAAACAGGGCCUAGAAUUUUCAGUUUGGGGGCUAUUAGUGGAUUUGCUCCACUGACUGGUAAGUUCAAAAGGCGAAGUGAGAUCGAGGAAUCUGCAUACCUUAGGGAUGAUCGCCUCACAAUCAAAUGCAUUAUCACUGUUGUCAAAAAGCCACACGUAACUGAAGCCAGAUUGUUCCCAAAAAUCGACAUGCCACCAUCCGACAUGGCUGAGCAUGUCGGCAGGCUGCUGGAAGAAAAAGAGGGGUUCGACGUCAGCUUCAGUGUCGGAGGAGAGACUGUCGAAGCGCAUCGGUUCGUUCUCGCCAUGCGGUCGCCUGUUUUCAAAGUGGAGCUCUACGGGCCGAUGAGGGAGGCGAGGAAGGGGAGCCGCAUAACCAUCGAGGACAUGCAGCCUGCUGUUUUCAGGGCACUGCUCCAUUUCAUCUAUACCGAUUCUCUGCCUCGCAAGCACCUUGAGGGAGAUGACAACACUGAAAUGAUCCGUCUUCUACUAGUGGCUGCUGACAGAUAUGCCAUGGAGAGGCUCAAGCUGGUUUGCCAAAGCAUCCUCUGCGAGCAUCUGAACGUGGACAAUGUGGCAGCCACACUGGCUUUAGCUGACCAACAUAGCUGUGGCAAGCUUAAGGAUGCGUGCCUUGAAUUUAUUGAGAUGUCGGAUGCAAUGGAUGCCGUGGUGGCAACCCAAGGCUUCAAGGAUCUGAUUGUGACUUGCCCAUCCCUCGUAGUGGACGCGUUGGAGAAGAGAAGACAGUUCCGUAAAGCAUGAGCUGCUGCAUUGGUAAAUUCGCUAAAUUAUAUGAAUUGCGUGCCACUAUUCGCUCAAUAUCCCAUACCAACUCCUCGUAGGGGCGAUCAGCUCAAUGGCGCUAGGUUAGUUCUCAAGUGAUGCGAAUGGCGUGAAAUUUACUCUGAAAAACUCAGCCUGCAAAUGUUUGAUUCAGUGUUGAAUUUUGUAUUCACCAGGUUGUUGAUUUUGCCGCAACUAACAAAACUUUUUUUUGUUGUGUGCA